UGAAACUUGGUUAAAUAAAUAAUCUUUUAAAUCAACCUUUGUCCAAUCAAAGUCCAGUCUUACUUACAUGUACAGUCACAGGAGGAGCAGCAAAAGAGAACUCCAGUGAAGGCUCCUCUACAUAGAUACACAGGUAUUUUUUCCAUCCUGUUUGGUAGAGAUGACUUCUGCUCUGCAGCCCCGAGAGUGUACAGUGACCAAGAAGCCCCAGAAGAAAUACGGGUUCUUCCUGCGCGUUGAGGAGGACACCGCAGGGCACAUCAUCCGCAACGUGGGGCACAACAGCCCAGCUGAAAGGGCUGGCCUGAAGGAUGGAGACAGGGUCCUCAGGGUUAAUGGUGUCUUUGUGGACAAGGAGGAACAUGCACAGGUGGUGGAGAUUGUCAGAAGCAGUGGGAAUUCUGUUGUGCUCCUUGUUCUGGAUGAUGCAUCCUAUGAAAAGGCACAAAAGGAGGGAGUGAACUUGGAAGAGCUGGGUCAAAAGACAUCCACAGGACAACAGCAGGAGCAGCAGUGCCCACCAUCCAUGGCCAACAGAGGAACCACUGGAGCUCCACAGCCCCGGCUCUGCUACCUGGUGAAGGAGGAGACAGGCUAUGGCUUCUCCCUGAAAAGCACAGAAGGACAGAAGGGGUUGUUCAUAGUAGAGAUUUCACCACAAGGAGCAGCUGCAAAGGCUGGUGUCCAAAAUAACGAUCGCCUGAUUGAAAUCAAUGGGAAAAAUGUGGAAAAUGACACACACGAGGAAGUGGUGGAAAAGGUAAAGAAGUCUGAAAAUCAUGUUAUGUUUCUACUUUCAAAUGAAGAAACAGACAGCUAUUUCACAAGCCAGAAGAUGUCACUGAGCAAAGAGAACGCCAGCCUAAGGUUGCUUCCCCUCAAACCACGACUUAUUGAGAUCGAGAAAGGAAAAAGCGGGUAUGGAUUUUAUCUCCGGAUGGAACAAAAUACCGGCGAUCACAUAAUCAAAGAUGUUGAUUCUGGAAGCCCAGCAGCCACGGCAGGUCUAAAGGAUAAUGACAUUGUAGUGGCUGUCAACGGUGAGCAAGUGGAUGGGCUGGAUCAUGAAAGUGUAGUGGGAAAAAUUAAGCAGUCUGAGGAAAGGACCUCCCUGUUGGUGGUGGAUAAGGAAACUGACAGCAUGUACAAAUUGGCUCAAAUUUCCCCUUUCUCUUACUACUACAAAGCACAGGAUUCAACCCCAGCUCAAAUGGAGGAAAGAGUGGAGCUGCACAUUGAGCAGAAAGUGAACCAUAAGCCAAGGAUCUGCAAGAUGGUGAAAGGACCUAAUGGAUUUGGUUUCAGUUUAAACAUGAUCAAGAACAAACCUGGAUUGUUCAUUACUGAGGUACAAAGCCAGGGGCCAGCAGGCAGAGCAGGUGUGGAAAACAACGACUUCCUGGUGGAAGUGAACGGAGUGAACGUGACUGAUGAAUCCUAUGACAAAGUGGUGGCAAGGAUCAAAAGCAGUGGGGACAGACUGACACUGCUGGUGUGCAGCAAAGAUGCUUACAGGUACUUCCAAGGCCAGAACAUUCCCAUCACAGCCUCCAUGGCAGACUCUGACACUUCUGAGCCUCCUGCUCACACAGAAAACCAUCCAUCAGAGCCAGAGAGGAACUCACCUGAGCCAAGGGAAAGGACUCAUCUUCCUCCUCACAAUCAGCUGCCUCCACAAGAGCUGACGAUGACAACAGCGACGACACAAAGUUGUGAGCAGACAAAACCACGCCAACAAGAAGAAAGAAACCUGCCAAAUCUUUUCUUCAGCUCUUCUUUGCUAUUCCACCUCUCAGAACUCAGCUGUUCCAGGGAGCGCCAGAGCCAUAAAGGACUGCAAACUCUUGAUGCAAUAAACACUUCAGUGUAACUUGCAUCCAUUUAACACUCUGCAAUUGUGCACCACUGGCACAAUUUUUGCCUUGUGAAGUAGGCACUCAGUCACUGGCUUCUGAAAAGGCUUAAAGAACUGCAACUUUAUAAUUAAGUGUCCUGCAGCAGAAGCUGGAAAUGUUUUAUAGAUUCAUAAACAUCUUAGCCUGUUACGGAUAAGCUCUUAAUAACGACCAAUUGAUUUCUGCCCACCUCCCAGGAAAGGCAGCUCUCCCCCUAAUCCAUCACCUCAAUCUCUGUGGCAUCUCUGCUUACAGCAGUACAGCUACUCUAAAAUGGCAAAAUCCCAGGUACUCUGUGGAUUAUGAUCCUUUUCUCUGCUCACAUUGCAGAAAUUUCUUUCAAACAUUAAGGCUAACUGUGUAAUUCACAACUCAAGAAGUUUAAUCACUAUUCUGUCUCCUCUGCAUACAGCUGUGGAUUAGAACAGUGCAUGUAAUUCAGUCAUGCACAUUUGUCACCACCAUGUUGUAUUGAAUGUGACAUAAAUGGUUCUGUAAUACUGCUGUUGUGUACUUUGCCUCCUUCCUGUACACCAAAGACAAUAGAGAAAUAAAUUGCUUAGCGUGGUUA